GAGAUAUGAGCGUGAACAUUUCACAUCAGAUUAAAAAAUAGACUAUAUAUUUGUAAAUUGAAGAACUUAGCGAUGUGUGAGGUACAGAAGCUGCUCGACGAACUCUGUCAGACCUUCACGAAGUUCAAGGAGAUGAGGCGGACCGAGAUGAUCAAUGUGUUGAAUCAGGUGCGGUGCUGCGAGUGCGGCCACAAGAUGCGUCUACAGAAUGCCAGGCAUCUACGAGGUGCGUCGCUGACAAUAAAGCUGGUGCUGAGCUGCUUCAGUUUUCUGCUGCUGCUGGCCCUCUAUAUGGUGUAUGUGGCCCGGCGUUAUAAUCAUGUGCGGACCUACGGCAGCAGUGCCUGUGUCUCAACCUUCUUCUACACCUACACGGAUUGUGAUGUGUUCUUUUAGUGCCGAUUGAUCUGCCAUAUUUAUAUUUAUAUUUUGUAUUAAAUACGACUGUUGCGACUGAGACAGUCUGUCUGUGUGUAGCUUGCUUUAA